AUGUCGAGCACCCAAUCGUCGCAGCACAUCCCGGCUUGGAAAAAGAUGGGUCCGAAACUCAAGAACGCUAAGGAUACGCCUGUGGCGUUUCCUGAAGAGAAUAAGGAGAAUGCGAGCGUGAAUAAAGAUCAGGAUAAGAAGCAGCGCAAGAGCAAGAAGAGACGUCUUGAGAAUGAUGAUGAUGAGGGGGUGAAGAAUGACGGAGGAAAGGAAGAUGCUGAGGCUUCGAAGAAGAAAAAGAAGAAGAGAGUGUCGUUUUCGGCUGGGUCGAAGGAAUAUGAUGGUUCUGACGAGGAGCUGGAGCAGGAGAAGGAGCAGGUGAAGGAUGAUGCUAAGGACGAGAAGAUUCCCGAGGAUGAUGAUAUUGCGGAUGACGAAGGAGGGAAGGAGAAGAAGAAGAAAGAGAAGAAAAAGAAGAAUAAGGAUAAGAAGAAGGAGGGUUCAACCGAGGAUGCUUCUGCGACACCGAAGAUCCACGAAACGCCUAUCCUUUCCUACCUGAGUCUUUAUCACAAACAUCGCUCGGCGUGGAAGUUUCAGAAAAAUCGCGAGACGCAUCUCUUCAAGCAUGUCUUGUCACAGGAGCAGGUUCCGGCGCAGUAUAAUGCGGCUUUGCUUGCCUAUUUGCAAGGGUUGAAGAGCGAAGGUGCGAAACUACGAUUGAGGCAGAUAGCGGAGGAGGUUAUUAAGGCUGAGGCUGAGGCUGAGGAUCAGAAUGCGCCGAGCUAUGACAAGGCUGUUGCUGCUUUCCGGAUACGCUUGUCUGCGGGUCAGGAGGAUCUUGAUAGCCAGGAUAUCGCCGGGCAGUUUGAUGCUGAUAUGCUGAAGAAGAUCGAGAACAGACGACGGGCAGAGCUUGUUCUGUUUGCUGUUAACGGCACGCUGUUCAAUUACCAAAAGCCGAGGCCUCCUCCGCAGAAAGGAAAGAAGGCGCAGGCUCAGCCCGGCAAGAAAAAGAAGAAGAACCGUACUGCUUUCGUGGAGAUCUCGAGCAGCAGUGAGAGUGAGAGCUCUAGCGACAGUGAUAGCGACAGCGACAGCGACGAUAAGAAGAAGACCAAGGCCAAGCGAAGUGCAUAUGACAGACACAUUACCAUCUUCUCAGACCAGGGCCGUCUGUACCAAGUCGAAUAUGCCUUCAAGGCCAUCACCUCUGCCAACAUCACCUCGCUAGGUGUGAGGGGAAAGAACUGCGCAGUGGUUCUGUCCCAGAAGAAAGUUGCUGAUAAAUUGAUCGACCCCUCCUCCGUUUCGCACAUCUUCAGACUCUCCCCGUCGGUGGGCUGUGUCAUGACUGGCUCCAUCGCUGAUGCGAGAGCAAGUGUUGACCGUGCUCGUGGUGAGGCGGCUGAAUUCCGAUACAAGUACGGCUACGAGAUGCCUUGUGACGUCCUUGCAAAGCGUCUGGCCAAUAUCAACCAGGUCUACACGCAAAGGGCUUACAUGCGUCCGCUCGGAGUUGCCAUGACCCUGAUCUCCGUUGAUUCGGAGAAGGGCCCACAACUCUACAAGUGUGACCCCGCUGGGUACUAUGUCGGAUACAAGGCGACUGCAUCUGGACCGAAGCAGCAGGAGGCGCUCAAUUACUUGGAGAAGAAGCUGAAGAACAAGGAUUACGCCGAGGGCAGCUGGGAGGAGGUUGUCGAGCUGGGUAUCACGGCCUUGAGCAAUGUUCUGAGCGUUGAUUUCAAGAAGCACGAAUUGGAGAUCGGGAUCGUCGGAGGACCACGAGCUGAUGGCCAGGAAGGGACAGACAUUGGUUUCCGGGCCUUGACGGAGGAAGAGAUCGACGAACGACUGCAGGCCAUCAGCGAAAAGGACUGA